UGGGUGGGCAGCUACCCCCUGAACGAAGAAGUUGUCAGUGGGUCACGCUCAGUCUAUCAAUGCCAAAUCCUCACUAUACACUAGUUCUGCUUGAGAUAUUGACAGCUUACUGCUUGCACCUUUUGGAAAUCAGUUGUUGCAGUUGAGUGCUCUUUUAAAUAUUAAUGAGCCGGACGUCCCAAAACGUUUACUGAAGUCGCAUGAUGUGGAUUAAUGCGGAAAAACUUCCUUGACUGGUUAGUAAAAAAAAAAAAAAAUCGUGAGAACACAUUGAGGAAUCGAGCGUACGGAUUACAAGAGAAGUCAGUGUUGGUUGCUCCGUAUCUCAAGGGAAGAAAUUUGAGAAGAGACAUGAAGAUCCGCUCAGAGUUGGAUUGAUGCAAAGUUCGCAGGAAGUUUCUCGCAGGAUUAUGGGAUAUUCUGAAUUUAUGGUUUAUGAGUAUAAAACCUCAUCCCUUAUGGCUUCUAUGCGUUUUUAUAUGUGUCCUCUUUCCUUUCAAUCCGAAACAAAGCUACUGGAAGUCUUGUGACGGCUGGGGAAACACUGGAUAUUUGUCUGGAGCAGUUCUGCUGGACCUAUUGAAUUAACCUCGGGAUUUCUCUGCCCAAUGACAUUUCCAAAGUUGUCAGUUGGGUUCGUUUUUGCAGCGUCUCCUCAUUUUACUUGUUUCAUUUACCGAGUCAUUAAUUUAACAGGUCUAGACCAGACUCUGAGGUAUUUUAGUAGCACAGGUUUGUGUCAGGAUGCGGGGAUGCACGAGAUUCCCGAUAGCCGUCUCGGUGGUGCUGACACUUUUGACCAUCAUUAACGUGAAGGCGAGUGGAGAAUACUGUCACGGUUUUCAUGACGGUCAGGACGCUUGGAGAGACGGCUUUCAGUGUCCGGAGCGCUUCGACAGCGCCGAGGCCAUCAUCUGCUGCGGGAAAUGCGAGCUCAGAUACUGCUGCUCCAGUUCAGAGGCUCGCCUGGACCAGGGCACGUGUGAUAACGACAAGCAGACACAAGACACCAACCCUGGGAACAAGGACGAGAAAAAUUCUGGGGCAGUACCCAUCUAUGUGCCCUUCCUGAUCGUCGGCUCGGUCUUCGUUGCCUUCGUGCUGGUGGGCUCUGUUGUUGCCGUGUGCUGUUGCCGAUGUCUCCGUCCCAAACAGGAGCCUUCAUCAGGCGGCGGCUCAGGAGGAGGGUCCAGCAGCGCCCGCGUCCUCGAGACGAUUCCCAUGAUGGCCAGUACAGGUACAUCACGAGGCUCGUCCUCCCGCCAGUCGAGCACGGCCACCUCCUCCAGCUCUUCAGCUCCGCCGGCCGCCCCCCGUCCCGCACCUGCCCCUAUGCUCCGCGCCCAGGCCUCGUGCUGCCUCCCGCCGGACGCCAGUGUCUAUGUGAACAUGCCUACCAACUUCUCAGUGCUAAACUGCCAGCAAGCCACUCAAAUCCUUCCUCACCAAGGCCAGUUUCUACAUCCUCAGUACAUCGGAUUCGCCCACGCUGUUUCUCCGGGUCCUGCCUUCCUAGAUCCCGCUCAAGCAGGCUACCGCCCAUUGCAGUCCCCGUACCCUCCGCCAACAAGUGUGGCUAGUGUGACCGGAGAUCAAAAAUACCCUCCGGUUACCAUGUGAAUCCCAAUGGGACCAUCAUAGGAAUAAAAAUCACACAAAAAAAAUCAGUUCAGGGCACAAAUGAGACUCUCAACCCAGUGUUUUAUCAAACACAACAUUGUUUUCUGUGAUAUAUAGGACACAGUGCUUAAGAAAUGACUGGAUGUGUGUGUAACCUGCCUUGAAAAGUGCUAAUGGUGCCUUUAUAAAUGAAGCGCGUGUGUAUAUAUGCAAUGUAUAUUUGUGUUGUAUAACCGUGCAUGAGCGCUCUGUGUGUGACUGUAUAGGUGUGUUGGUUUAUGAGACGCAGUAUGUGAAUGUGUGUGUGUGUAGUGCACUAUAUGUUGUGUGUAAUGGGAAUCACAGGUGCUGUAAUGUGAAAAACAGUCCUGGCUCCCUGUUGGAUGCUUAAAAUCUAAUGAAGUGAACACAGGACACAGACUGUGACGCUCCACCCUCUUGCCCACUACAACACACGCACAUACAGUAGACACACACACUUAAACUUUCGCAUAUACACACUCACAUUCUGCAGAACCAAAGUCACUUUCGCUUUGCCAAAGACCUGGAUUAAAAAUAUAUAAAAAAAUAUAGGCCUGUGUUUGGGAGAGCGAUGUGCGAAGGUGUGUGUAGCUGAGAUCAGGGGUCUUCUGUUCUGAAGUCAGUUACGCAGUAAAAAAUGUCUGCCAACUGUUCCCCUUCACUAAGUCUCUGCCUUGUGAAAGGACUGUGUAUGUGUGCCACUUUUCUUCCCCUCUGUUAGCAUUAGGUACACUCGAGGAGUACCAAAAGGGUUCCAGGGCAUUUCAUUUGGAGUGGGUUUCUUUCAGCACGCUCAAAAGCAGCAGUUUAGCCAAACUGAAAAAAGUCAUAGGCUCCUCCAGGAGAAGGGCAAAAAUCACAAUGAAAUUAAAGACUGCCAGUCUGAAAUCACAAAAAAAAACCUAAACAGUAGUCUGAGUUAUUUGCGUUUUAAGGUAAUCCACUCCAGAAUUAUGUUUCAAACCAUUACAACUUUCUUUCUUUUGUGGAACACAAAAAACGAUAUUUCUGUUUUUUUCAUCUAAUUCGUGUCAAUGUUGCUAUAGUAAAACUAAUUAAAACCGAAAUAAAAGCUAAAUAGAUAUCUUUAACUUAAACUAAUAAAAAUGGCAAAAUACUUUUUUUAUAGCAGAAAUUGCUGUUAAACUAAAAUAAGGUUUAGAUAAAAAACUUAAUAAAAAAAGUUGCUUUGCAAAACAGAAAAUAAAAAAUAAACACUAAAAUUAA